GCCCAGAUGGCGGCCCGGGACGCGUAGCAGUGGUGGCUCUGCGGCCCGGGGCCCCGGGCGGGCGGAGGUGGCGGCUCCCGGGACCGGCCGCGCGCAAUGAUGUUGUCCACUGGACAUGUUCUGACCAAGGAGGCAGGUCUGAGAACGUAGCUGAAGCUGAAAAUAGGAAAGCUGGGGGCAAGGAAGAGCCUUGAAUCUUGAGGUGGGACGUUGACUCUAAGAUGUCCUUGAGCAGUGGAGCCUGCGGAGGGAAAGGAGUGGAUGCAAACCCGGUUGAGACAUACGACAGUGGGGAUGAAUGGGACAUUGGAGUAGGGAAUCUCAUCAUCGACCUGGACGCCGAUCUGGAAAAGGACCAGCAGAAACUGGAAAUGUCAGGCUCCAAGGAGGUGGGGAUACCAGCUCCCAAUGCUGUGGCCACACUACCAGACAACAUCAAGUUUGUCACCCCAGUGCCAGGUCCUCAAGGGAAGGAAGGCAAAUCAAAAUCCAAAAGGAGUAAGAGUGGCAAAGACACUAGCAAGCCCACUCCAGGGACUUCCUUGUUCUCUCCAAGUGAGGGAGCAGCCAGCAAGAAAGAGGUGCAGGGUCGCACAGGAGACGGUACCAGUGCGGGAGGUCUGGUUGCUGCUGUUGCUCCAAAGGGCUCAGAGAAGGCUGCUAAGGCAUCACGCAGUGUAGCUGGCUCCAAAAAGGAAAAGGAGAACAGCUCUUCUAAGGGCAAGAAGGAGAGAAGUGAAGGCGUGGGGACUUGUUCGGAAAAGGAUCCUGGGGUCCUCCAGCCAGUUCCCUUGGGAGGACGGGGUAGUCAGUAUGAUGGAAGUGCAGGGAUGGACACAGGAACCGUGGAGCCGCUUGGGAGUAUAGCUAUUGAACCUGGGGCAGCGCUCAAUCCUUUGGGAACUAAGCCGGAGCCAGAGGAAGGGGAGAAUGAGUGCCGGCCACUAAAGAAAGUCAAGUCUGAAAAGAUGGAGUCCCCAGUCUCCACGCCAGCGGUGCUGCCACUGCACCUGUUAGUGCCAGUGGUCAAUAAUGACAUCUCAUCUCCCUGUGAGCAGAUCAUGGUCCGUACCCGAUCAGUUGGUGUCAACACAUGCGAUGUGGCUCUAGCCACAGAGCCUGAGUGCUUAGGCCCCUGUGAGCCUGGAACCAGCGUCAACCUUGAAGGCAUCGUGUGGCAGGAAACAGAAGAUGGGAUGUUGGUGGUGAAUGUGACAUGGAGAAACAAGACAUAUGUAGGUACACUUCUUGACUGCACAAGGCAUGAUUGGGCACCCCCAAGGUUCUGUGACUCUCCCACCAGUGACUUGGAAAUGCGUAACGGUCGAGGAAGAGGCAAGCGCAUGCGUCCCAACAGUAACCCGCCUGUCAGUGAGACAGCCACAGCUUCUGACAGCAAAGGGACCAGCAGCAGCAGCAGCAAGACACGAGCAGGAGCCAAUAGCAAAGGCCGUCGGGGUAGCCAAAACUCCUCAGAGCAUCGCCCUCCUGCCAGCAGCACCUCUGAGGAUGUCAAAGCCAGCCCCUCCUCAGCCAAUAAGCGGAAGAGCAAACCUCUUUCAGACAUGGAGCUGAAUUCCAGCUCAGAGGACUCCAAAGGGAGCAAGCGUGUCCGCACAAAUUCCAUGGGCUCAGCCACUGGGCCCCUCCCCGGAACCAAGGUAGAACCCACUCUUAUGGACAGAAAUUGUCCCUCCCCAGUCCUGAUUGACUGUCCCCACCCAAACUGCAACAAAAAAUACAAGCACAUCAAUGGGCUUAAGUACCACCAAGCUCACGCCCACACAGAUGACGACAGCAAACCAGAAGCUGAUGGAGACAGUGAGUAUGGAGAAGAGCCCACCCUUCAUGCUGACCUCAGCUGCAACGGUGCACCUGUCCCACAGAAGGGAUCCUUGUCCCCUGCCCGCUCAGCUACCCCCAAAGUUCGGCUUGUUGAGCCUCACAGCCCUUCCCCUUCAAGCAAAUUCAGCACAAAAGGCCUCUGUAAGAAAAAACUGAGUGGGGAGGGAGACGCAGACCCUGGAGCCUUAUCCAAUGAUGGCUCUGAUGACGGGCCCUCGGUAAUGGAUGAAACAAGCAAUGAUGCCUUCGACUCUUUGGAAAGGAAGUGUAUGGAAAAGGAAAAGUGUAAAAAGCCCUCAAGUCUGAAAUCUGAAAAGAUUCCAUCCAAGAGCUUAAAAUCAGCCCGCCCCAUUGCCCCUGCCCUCCCCCCACAACAGAUCUACACUUUCCAGACAGCCACCUUCACGGCAGCAAGCCCAGGGUCCUCCUCAGGCUUGACCACUACUGUGGUCCAAGCAAUGCCCAACAGUCCCCAGCUCAAGCCCAUUCAGCCCAAACCCACUGUUAUGGGAGAGCCUUUCACAGUCAGCCCUGCCCUGACCCCUGCCAAGGACAAGAAAAAGAAAGACAAAAAAAAGAAGGACUCAUCAAAGGAACUUGAAAGUCCUCUGACGCCUGGGAAGGUAUGCCGAGCAGAAGAAGGUAAGAGCCCAUUCAGAGACGCAGCAGGAGAUGCAAUCAAAGUGGAGAGCCUUCUGAACGGCCCCUCAGAGUCCCACCAAAGCCGGUUAGCUAGCAUCAAGGCUGAGGCUGAUAAGAUUUACAGUUUCACUGACAAUGCCCCCAGCCCUUCCAUUGGAAGCAGCAGCCGCCUAGAUAGUGCUACCCCGACCCAACCCCUAACCCCCCUCCAUGUAGUGACCCAGAAUGGAGCUGAAGCCAGCUCAGUCAAGACCAACAGCCCUGCCUACUCUGAUAUCUCUGACGCUGGGGAGGACGGGGAGGGCAAGGUGGGCAGUGCCAAGUCGGGGGACCCUGAGCAGCUGGUUAAAGAAGGGGCUAAGAAAGCACUGUUCCCCCCUCAGCCGCAGAGCAAAGACUCACCAUAUUACCAAGGCUUCGAGAGUUACUACUCUCCAGGCUAUGCACAGUCCAGCCCAGGCGCUCUCACCUCAAGCAGCCAGGCAGGAAUAGAGGGCCAGCCCCUAAAGACAAAAAAGGAUGAGGAGCCUGAGAGCAUAGAAGGGAAAGUAAAGAAUGACGUCUGUGAGGAGAAGAAGCCAGAGCUGAGCAACUCCAGUCAGCAGCCCUCCGUCAUCCAGCAGCGGCCCAACAUGUACAUGCAGUCCCUGUACUACAACCAGUAUGCCUACGUGCCUCCUUACGGCUACAGUGACCAGAGUUACCACAGCCACCUCCUGAGUACCAACACUGCUUAUCGGCAGCAGUACGAAGAACAGCAGAAGCGGCAGAGCCUGGAGCAGCAGCAGCAGCGGGGACUGGACAAGAAGACAGAGAUGGGCCUGAAAGAACGGGAGACAUCGCUCAAGGAAGAGUGGAAGCAAAAGCCCUCAAUUCCACCAACUCUCACCAAGGCUCCCAGCCUGACAGACCUGGUGAAGUCAGGGCCCGGCAAGGCCAAGGAGCCCGGGACGGAUCCCGCCAAGUCUGUCAUCAUCCCCAAGUUAGAUGACUCAUCAAAACUCCCCAGCCAGACCCCUGAAGGCCUUAAAGGGAAGCUGAGUGAGGCCAGCCACCUAGGCAAGGAGGCGUCUGAGGCUAAGACGGGCACUGAGUGUGGCCGACAGGCAGAGGUGGAUCCAAUACUCUGGUACCGACAGGAGACAGAGCCUCGGAUGUGGACAUACGUUUAUCCUGCCAAGUACGCAGACAUCAAGUCAGAGGACGAUCGAUGGAAAGAGGAACGCGACCGAAAAUUAAAGGAGGACAGGGGCCGGAGUAAGGACUCUGUUCCCAAGGAAGACGGGAAGGAAAGCACAAGCAGUGACUGCAAGCUACCCCCAGCUGAGGAAUCCCGCCUCGGGAGCAAGGAGCCCCGGCCAAGUGUCCAUGUGCCUGUGUCCUCUCCGCUCACCCAGCACCAGUCCUACAUCCCCUACAUGCAUGGCUACUCUUACAGCCAGUCAUAUGACCCCAACCACCCCAGCUACCGGGGGAUGCCUGCUGUGAUGAUGCAGAACUACCCAGGUUCCUAUCUGCCUUCCAGCUAUUCUUUCUCCCCGUAUGGCAGCAAGGUCUCAGGUGGCGAGGAUGCUGACAAGGCCCGUGCCAGCCCCAGUGUGAGCUGUAAAGCCAGCUCAGAGUCCAAAGCCCUGGAUAUCUUGCAGCAACAUGCCAGUCACUACAAAAGCAAGUCCCCCACGAUAAGUGAUAAAAAUUCCCAGGAGAGAGAUCGGGGAGGCUGUGGGGUGGUUGGGGGUGGUGGCAGCUGUGGCAGUGUUGGGGGAGCAGGAGGUGCUGACAGGAGUGCCGACCGGCCCCGCACAUCCCCUUCCCAGCGCCUGAUGUCCACACACCACCACCACCACCACUUGGGCUAUUCCUUGCUCCCAGCACAGUACAACCUACCCUAUGCCGCAGGGCUUUCUUCUACAGCCAUUGUUGCCAGCCAGCAAGGCUCAACUCCCUCACUCUACCCACCUCCCCGGAGGUGAGAAUGAACACCAAGUGCCCAGAUGAAGUCAGCUUCAUGGGCCAGACUGGCUCAUUCCAGGUGAUGCUGGAGGUGCCAUUUUACCAUCAGUUACGGUGUUGAUCAUCCUGUUUGCCAUUCCGACCGUGACUGAAGGCAGACCCUUGGCUGCCUCACCUCCACUAGACCCUCCAACCCCCGACCCUCCCUCUUCCUCAGGAGCUGGAGAACUGGUACUUUGCAAAAAUAUUUAUUCUCUCAGCCACAGUUUUGUUGUGGCCAUCUAUGGAGAUGAAGGCCUAGGAGCAACUGAGAGAACACAGCCUCAUCCCAGAGAAAUGACUGCUCUGUUACCUUAGCCCUAUCUACUGCCAGAGCACCACACACCUGGGAGGGACCCAAGCAUGGGAUAAAGUCUGAAGACAGCACAGCAGCCAUACCCCUCACUGUCAUUACCACCAUAAACCAGCUUUCACAUCUCCUCAGUGGUUUGGGCCCUGGGAACGUGGAGAAAUUAGAAUCUCAGGAAAGAAGUAGGGAGCUGUUUCCUCUGUAAUUGCGAAGACAAGGUCUUCAAGUGUGGAGACAUCCCCCUCUGAUGUGAGCACAGAUAAAUGCUCAGAGCCUAACCUGUAAAGGGGAGAGUAAGGCACUUGCCCCACCGGAGUCUUGUGCUCCUGUCAGGUGGAAGACAGGGGUUCUAGCACCAGCACAGGCUCCCUGGGGGUGCUGGGAGGAACUGGAGCAUAAGUGGAGUCUGUGAAACUGAAUCUGCUUCCUCACCAAAAUUCCUGCUGCUUUCCAUCUCCCAACUCCUUGCCCUUUCUUUUUCUUUUUUAACCCCUUGGUGCCUUUUCCCAGGGGGUAUUCCCCAUACUGACCUCACCUCUUCUACUGCUUGGCUCCUACAACUCAGGCAGUAUUAAUAGACUUCCUCCCAGCAUGGGUAACCUUGGAGCCUGCCACAUCACUUUAGAGCAGCAACCAGAAGGCAGGCUGUUCUUGGAGACAUUCAGUUAUCUGAGUAUCCUUCUCAUUUAGGGUCACAAAUGUCUACAUCCCAGUUCAGUUCACUCUGUAACUCCAUAUGUGCCAAUAUGAGGAGUGUCUUUGUAACACAUUUAUGUUUUAGGGGCCACUGGCCAAAAGGGAGAUGAUUGCUCCUUAGCCCCUAAAACAGCAUAUCCAAGCAUUAUAUGCCCAAGUUGGAGUGGACACAAUGGCUAAGGCUUUGAGGUGGCAGGCAUCUCUCUGAACCUGAGCUACAAAGUCAUGUUAGGGAAGAUGACCUAGCUUGGUUGGAGUCGUGUCCUCCCAGCAUGUGGGUGGUUUUGUAGUUCUCUGCUAUUGCAGGGUAUCAUCCCUUUGUAACCCUCUCCUCCUGUCUUUGCCCUUUGGACUGCAAGAGAGAGAGAAAGAUGCACAGAUACCAGCUUAGGCUAAUCGGGAGCCUGUAACAGGCAUGUCAAAAGUGACAGUUUGAGAGCAGGAAGGCUCUAACUUCUUUCGGAAAGUGGGGUGGUGGGAGACAUUAAGCACAAAGCCCAAGACCCCAUGAACCUCCCUGUAUAUAAUCAGGCUUUGCUAGUUGGCACCUCUGACCUCCAAACCUUUCCUGUUUCCAAGUCCUUGUUUUUGUUUGAGUUGGGUUCUGGGCACUUGGGAAAAUCCUUUUGUCUAAACAGCCUCCUCGCCACCAUUGCCCCCUCUGCCAUAUGCUGCCCCAGCAGGAGUCUGGGCAGUGUCCCCCUUUCAUUCGUGGAGGUAGAUGUUGGAGACAACAUCUUACCUAACCCAUUACCCUUACUAAGAAAGUGACUGUCGCCUAAUUAUGCUUCUCCCCACAAGACUCUAGUGAGUAGAGCCAUGCUCCCAUCUGUUCCUGUUUUUUUAAAUAUUGUGUUUUGUAUGUAUCUGUGGCACUGGUUUGCAGUCUGCUUUGUACAUAUUGUAAAAAAA